AUGGGAAAAUACGGGGGACUACCUGCAUUAUCUAUGGGGACUGGUUGGGGAAAUGUUUUGAAUCGUCCUGGCACCGUGCAUGGACCAGCGGCCAGUGCUCAGAUAGACCAUCGUGAACUAGAAUUGACAUUCCAAACAUUUCAACACUCUAUUGACCAGCUAGCGAUGUUCAAACAGCUCCCGCAGAAUCGUGCAAUCCCCAGGGUGCGGGAUGUUUUGUUCUCAAAAUAUCCGACAUGGAGUAGCCACGAGCACGCCAGCUGCACGCCGCCGGGGAGCUUCAAGAUAGUCUACCAGACAAUAGGCAGACGGCAGCAGCUAAAUGCAGCUGGUGGCCAGGAUUAUCAGAUUUUGAUUAAACUCAUUGGUGUGCCGAGCACCAACGCUCGGCGCUAA